CAAUAAGAAAAAUAACAAUAAAACACACAGGAGUUUGAAGUUGAGAGAAGAAGAGGAGGGCGAUGGAAAAAGGUGGAAGAAACGCCAAGAAAUCAUCUUCAUCUUCAUCAUCCCCUUCAGCAAAAAGCAUGACAAUUGAACAGUUCGUUUCCAAGAUGACCCCUUUACUCGAUAUGGAAAAGGAAGCGGAGAUAUCUGCUUCAAUGAACACGGGUGCGACGAGGAAUUUGGACACUGCUCAAAAGAGGGGUUCCACUAUUCUCAAUUUGAAAUGUGUUGAUGCUCAGACGGGGUUGAUGGGAAAAACUCUACUUGAGCUUCAAUCUAACAAAGGAGAUGUGCUUCCUGCUCACAAGUUUGGGACUCAUGAUGUCGUCAUUCUAAAACCUAAUAAAGCAGAUUUGGGGUCUCCUCCUCUUGGGCAAGGCGUAGUUUACCGUCUAAAGGAUUCGUCAAUCACUGUUGCUUUUGAUGAUGUCCCAGAGGAGGGUUUAAAUAGUCCUCUACGCCUUGAGAAAGUGGCUAAUGAGGUGACAUACCGUCGAAUGAAGGACACGUUGAUACAGUUGAGCAAAGGUGUGCUUAAGGGACCUGCUGCUGAUUUAGUUCCUGUCUUAUUUGGUGAAAGACAACCAGGGGUGUCAAAACAAAAAGUUACCUUUACCCCAAUCAACUCCAACCUGGAUCACUCUCAGAAAAGUGCCAUUACAAAGGCCCUGUCAUCGAAGGACCUUUUUUUGCUUCAUGGGCCUCCUGGAACUGGAAAAACCACAACUGUUGUUGAACUAAUACUACAAGAGGUCAAACGUGGAUCAAAGGUUCUGGCUUGUGCUGCUUCAAAUAUCGCUGUUGAUAACAUUGUUGAACGGCUUGUUCCUCACAGAGUAAAGCUAGUUAGGUUGGGGCAUCCUGCACGUCUUCUACCUCAAGUACUGGACAGUGCUUUGGAUGCACAGGUGCUACGUGGGGAUAAUAGUGCUUUGGCUAAGGAUAUCCGUAAAGAAAUGAAGACACUUAAUGCAAAAUUGCUAAAAGCAAAGGAUAGAAACACCAGGAGGGACAUCCGAAAAGAGCUGAAUAUGCUUUCACGCGAAGAGCGCAAAAGGCAGCAACUAGCAGUUACAGAUGUAAUUAAGGACGCAGAUGUGGUGUUGACAACACUGACUGGAGCAUCAACCCGAAAGCUGGACAGUACUUCAUUUGAUAUCGUCAUAAUUGAUGAAGCUGCUCAGGCUCUAGAAAUAGCAUGUUGGAUAGCUCUUCUAAAGGGUUCAAGAUGUGUACUUGCUGGAGAUCACCUCCAGCUUCCCCCAACCAUCCAGAGUGUUGAAGCUGAGAAGAAGGGACUAGGGAAAACUCUUUUUGAACGCCUUCAAGAACUUUAUGGAGAUGAUACAACAUCAAUGCUCACUGUCCAGUACCGUAUGCACAAUCUUAUCAUGAGCUGGUCAUCUAAAGAGCUAUAUGACAAUAAGAUUGAAGCCCAUUCAAGUGUUGCUGCACAUAUGCUAUUUGACCUCGAGGAUGCAAAAAAAUCUUCAUCAACUGAAGCAACCUUACUUCUCAUAGACACGGCAGGUUGUGAUAUGGAAGAGAAGAAGGAUGAAGAAGAAAGCACUCUAAAUGAAGGGGAAGCUGAUGUUGCUAUAACCCAUGCAAAACGACUUGUUCAAAGUGGAGUCCGAGCUACUGAUAUAGGAAUAAUCACCCCAUAUGCAGCACAGGUCGUAUCACUGAGAAUGUUGAGAAGCAAUGAUGACAAGCUAAAAGAAAUUGAAAUUUCGACAGUUGAUGGUUUCCAAGGCCGGGAAAAGGAAGCCAUCAUUAUUUCCAUGGUUCGCUCAAACUCAAAGAAAGAGGUGGGAUUUUUAAGUGACCGUAGGCGAAUGAACGUCGCUGUGACUCGAGCAAGGCGACAGUGUACCCUUAUCUGUGACACAGAGACUGUUAGUAGCGACAAGUUCUUGAAGCGACUCAUCGAAUAUUUCGAGGAGCAUGGUGAAUAUAUGAGUGCUUCAGAAUAUGGAAAUUAAUCAGCAAGAAAGUUCUGAUCAGUCCUCCUGGCUUUUAUAAAGGCAUAGUAGAUCUCUUGGCCGCCCCCAAGUGAUUUCAUCUUGUUGGUGAUAAGAUAACAAUGCGGCAGUGCAUAUGUUGAACCUUAUAGUGCUCUGUGCCGCUGAGGUUAGUCUUUGGCUCACACUGUGAUGCACCCUGUCGCCAAUCCCACCCCAAUAUAUUUGUGUAAUUUUCGAAACACAUAUCUGGUACUGAAUAAUAGCAAUUCAUAUUGUAAUUUCCUUAAACGCAGUCUUGAUUAUAUUCUUAAAUUAUUUCAUUUUCUCAAAUAAACUGUGGAUAAGGCUUUGAGCCUGUUUGUCUCA